UACAAUCCUCUUCUACUUCAAUAUUGAGCUUUUCAGGCUCUUAGGAAGCAGAUGGCCUUGCAAAUAUCGAUCGGAUCUUAUUGUCGUUACGACUUGUAGAGAUCUACGCGAGGCUACGUUUGCGGGUUCGCGCAUUCGGCCAACAGCGCGAAGAACACAUCGUCUCCAACACUCGGCGCUACUUAUGCAGGACGAUACAGGUCACCAAACGUCGGCUCGCAUCCUAUUAUUUCAAGGUCAAAUCAGAGCCUUAGGAUCAGACCAUUAAGACAUUCUGGUUGGAGCGAAGACUACAGGGAUGCGUUCCGACGUCCAAAUACCCUGUAGGCUCCAAAAAGUUUAAAGAAGCCGAUACCCCAGAUUCGUGACGGUCCUUUAGUCUCGACAAUUCAUGUCCCUUCUGAAAACAUUGGUUUGUUCAAGGUCCUCGCCACGGUACCGUUUCGUUCCAAGCUCAGCCUAUAGUGGAAGUAUUCACCAUGGAUAACCAAAAAGACGACGUGGACAGAUCCAUCAUCGAUGAUAACAGCGAGUUUAAUUCGCAGAAAGAGAUAGAUUUAGAAAAGCAUAGCAUUCCUACGACGCUCCAACGGCAAGUCUCCGGGCCUCCGUACUCGGUCUUCGGGAAAGGCAUGAAGAUAUGGAUCAUCUUUCUCGUGUCUGUGUCAGCCUUGAUUUCUCCAUUCGGUGCAGCCAUGUACCUUCCUGCGAUCAACGUCCUCUCCAACGUCCUUCAUAUUACGCCGACACAGGCCAAUAUUUCAAUUACUACAUAUAUGAUUGCUCAAGCAAUAGCUCCAGCUUUCAUCGGCGCCAUGUCGGACAAUAGCGGCCGGCGAUUGUCUUUCAUUGUUUGCUUCAUUAUAUUUAUUAUAGGCAACAUCGGUCUUGCUCUUCAGACAAACUACAUCGCCCUGUUGAUAUUGCGCAUGGUGCAAGGUGUCGGAUGUACAGCUGCUAUCGCACUUUGUUUCGCCGUUGUGUCCGAUCUUGCUACAUCUGCCGAGAGGGGCAAAUAUAUGGGAUAUGCAGGUGCAGGCAUGCUCAUGGGUCCAGCUUUCGGACCAACAAUUGGUGGUUUACUCGCGCAGUACCUUGGAUGGCGAUCAAUCUUCUGGUUUCUGGUGAUAUUCUCCGGUGUAUUGCUUGUCCUCUUUGUAUUUCUCUUUCCUGAAACCUGCAGAAACGUGGUCGGUAAUGGAUCAAUUCCCCCAACAGGCAUCAAUCGAUCUGUCAUCAGCUGCAUACAACAGCGCAAACUCGCCAAACAAUCACCAACCGAAGGAGUAACGGCUGAGAUCAAGCCUAAGAAACGGCAAGUCGCCUUUCCAAACCCACUCGCGACAUUCCACAUCAUGAUUGAGAAGGAAUACUGCAUCAUCCUGCUAUACAACGGCCUCUUCUUCACCGGAAUGAUGAUGGCUGCUUCCGCCAUCCCAGUCCUUUUCCACAAAACCUACCACCUCAAUGAACUCCACAUCGGCCUGUGCUACAUUGCCACUGGCGUAGGCUCCCUUCUCUCCAGCCUCACCAUGGGCCACGUCGUAGACUGGAAUUUCAAAAGGCACGCCACCGUGAUGGGCAUGACGAUCACCAAAGGCAAACAACAAGACCUAACUAAUUUCCCUAUCGAGCGCGUGCGUUUCCAAAUUGUCAUACCCGGCCACAUCAUCGGCAUCUUUGGUCUGCUCAUGUUCGGCUGGACAGUCAAGUAUGAAACACAUCUCGCGGGUCCUGAGUUCGCCUUGUUUGUAAUUGGAUUUGGCAUAUCGACAGCUUUCAACAUUACCAACGGACUUAUCAUCGAUCUACACCGCGACCAGCCCGCUGCUGCGACCGCAGCGGUGAACUUUGUGAGAUGUCUGAUGAGCGCAGGGGGAAGUGCAGCGAUUAUCCCCAUGUGUCAUACUAUGAAUCCCGGAUGGGCAUUUACGUUCUUAGCAUUGGUAUAUGUUAUAUUGAUCGUUGUUGUGUAUUGGGUCAUGAGGGACGGGAUGAGGUGGAGACAAGAGCAAGAAGAGAAAAAGAGAACCGAGAAGGAAAAGACUGGAAGAAGAGAGAAAAUAUAGUUCAUCUUUGUUGAGCAUGGAAUUCAUCGUAUCUAUUAGCCC